UGACCAUCCAAAAAGUUCCUAGGAUCUCUCUGCGCUCGCCGCUUCCCUUCGGACGGGAGGCCGGCGCGUCUGUCUUUCUGCCUGGCCCAGUUCCUCCCGGCCCUCCGCCCUCAGGUUCUUUUUAUAAUUUUGAGUAAACUUCCAGGAGGACUAUGAAAGAUUAUGAUGAACUUCUCAAAUACUAUGAAUUAUAUGAAACUGUUGGGACAGGUGGCUUUGCAAAGGUCAAACUUGCCUUCCAUAUCCUCACUGGAGAAAUGGUAGCUAUAAAAAUCAUGGAUAAAAAUGCACUAGGGAGUGAUUUGCCCCGGGUCAAAACAGAAAUUGAUGCCUUGAAGAACCUGAGACAUCAGCAUAUAUGUCAACUCUACCAUGUGAUAGAGACAGCCAACAAAAUAUUCAUGGUUCUCGAGUAUUGCCCUGGAGGAGAGCUGUUUGACUACAUAAUUUCCCAGGAUCGCCUGUCGGAGGAGGAGACCCGAGUUGUCUUCCGUCAGAUAGUGUCUGCAGUUGCUUACGUGCACAGCCAAGGCUUUGCUCACAGGGACCUCAAACCAGAAAAUUUGUUGUUUGAUGAAGAUCAUAAAUUAAAGCUGAUCGACUUUGGUCUCUGUGCAAAACCCAAGGGUAACAAGGAUUAUCACCUGCAGACAUGCUGUGGGAGUCUUGCUUAUGCAGCACCUGAGUUAAUACAAGGCAAAUCAUAUCUGGGAUCAGAGGCAGAUGUUUGGAGCAUGGGCAUACUCUUAUAUGUACUUAUGUGUGGCUUUCUACCAUUUGAUGAUGAUAAUGUCAUGGCUUUGUACAAGAAGAUUAUGAGAGGGAAAUAUGAGGUUCCUAAGUGGCUCUCCCCCAGUAGUAUUCUGCUUCUUCAACAAAUGCUACAGGUGGACCCAAAGAAACGGAUUUCUGUGAAAAAUCUAUUGAACCAUCCCUGGAUCAUGCAAGAUUACAACUUUCCUGUUGAGUGGCAAAGCAAGACUCCUCUUAUUCACCUUGAUGAAGAUUGUGUAACGGAACUUUCUGUAUAUCACAGAAACAACAGGCAAACAAUGGAAGAUUUAAUUUCACUGUGGCAGUAUGAUCACCUCACAGCUACUUAUCUUCUACUCCUAGCCAAGAAGGCUCGGGGAAAACCAGUUCGUUUAAGGCUUCUUUCUUCCUGUGGACAAGCCAACUCGACUGCAGUCACAAACAUCAAGUCAAAGAAUCUGAGUCUAGAAGAUGUGAUCGCCAGUGAUGAAAAUUAUGUGGCUGGAUUAAUAGACUAUGAAUGGUGUGAAGACAUUUCAUCAACAGCUGUGGCUACUCCACAAACACCACAGUUUGCCAAGUAUUGGACAGAGUCAAAUGGUCUGGAAUCUAAAUCAUUAACUCCAGUAUUAUGCACAGCAUCUGCCAAUAAAUUAAAGAACAAAGAGAAUGUAUACACUCCUAAGUCUGCUGUAAAGAAUGACGAGUGCUUUUCAUUUCCUGAGCCAAAGACUCCAGUUAAUAAGAACCAGGAUAAAAGAGAAAUACUCACUACACCAAAUCAUUACAGUACACCCUCAAAAGCUAGAAACCAGUGCCUGAAAGAGACCCCAGUUAAAAUGCCGGUAAAUUCGGCAGGAACAGAGAAGUUAAUAACAGGUGUCAUUAGCCCUGAGAGGCGGUGUCGCUCAGUGGAACUCAACCUUAACCAAGUACAUGUAGAGGAUACUCCAAAAAGAAAAGGAACCAAAGUGUUUGGGAGCCUUGAGAAGGGGUUGGAUAAGGUUAUCACUGCGCUUACCAGGAGCAAAAGGAAGGGCUCGGCCAAAGAUGGGCCAAGAAGACUAAAGCCUCACUAUAACGUGACUACAACCAGAUUAGUGAAUCCAGAUCAACUCUUGAAUGAAAUAAUGUCUAUUCUUCCAAAGAAGCACGUUGACUUUGUACAAAAGGGCUAUACACUGAAGUGUCAAACACAGUCAGAUUUUGGCAAAGUGACAAUGCAGUUUGAGCUAGAAGUGUGCCAGCUUCAGAAACCCGACGUGGUGGGUAUCAGGAGGCAGCGGCUUAAGGGUGAUGCCUGGGUUUACAAGAGAUUAGUGGAAGACAUCCUGUCUAGCUGCAAGGUUUAAUUGAUGAAUGGUUUCCAUCCUGCCUGAUGAGUAUGGGUGUGAUACAGCCUACAUGGAACCUGGUGUGAUGGGUUUGAUUUUUAAAGUCCUCUGGAACUGCGAACUCGUUUCUAAAGAGCUAUCUUAAAGACCAAUAUCUUUUUGUUUUUAAACAAAAGAUAUUAUUUCGUGGAUGAAUCUAAGGC